GCUCGUUUGACUGUGGUGCUCGAAGAAAGGACGAGAAGAUGACCGCGUACGACGUGCUGCUGAAGCGGCUCCUGGGCGUCAACCAGUUCUCGGCGGCCGUCAAGAUGGGCCUGCGCAACUCGGUCGCGCUGCACGAUGCCCUCGGGCAGCCGGCGACGCGGUUUGACACGGUGCACGUCGCCGGGACCAACGGCAAGGGAUCCGUCUCAUGGAAGCUCGCAAAGGCGCUGCAAGCAUCGGGCUUCAAGACCGGCCUCUUUGUCUCGCCCCACGUCGCGUGCUUCCGGGAGCGUAUCCAGAUCAACGGCGAGCUCAUUUCGGAAGCCGACGUCGAGGCGCACCUGCCGACGCUGUUUGCACUCACCGAGGACGAGGGCAUUCCCGCCACGUUCUUUGAGCUCACGACGAUGCUAGCGCUGCAGCACUUUGCCGCGCAAGACGUCGACUGCGUCGUGCUAGAAACCGGCCUCGGCGGCCGCCUCGACGCGACCAACAUUGUGACACCCGUCCUCUCGGUCAUCACAUCGAUCGGGCUCGACCACACGCGUAUUCUGGGCAGCACGAUCCCUGAAAUCGCGCGCGAGAAGGCCGGCAUCAUGAAGCCCCACGUCCCCGUUGUUGUCGGGCCGCAAUCGCCCCAGCACAUCAUGCGGCAGCACGCGCGCGAGGCGCAGAGUCCGAUCGUCUGCGUGGCGGCGACACCGGCCCACGCAAAAGACUACAACGCCGAGAACGCGGAUAUUGCGUUGGCGGCGGCCAUGCAGCUCAACAUCCUCCACGGCCAGCACAAGACCAAGCUGACGCUCGACACAACGUCCAGUGCGGUGGCCAAGUGCUUGGCGUCGCGACCGCCAUGCCGCUUUGAAGUCGUCGAAACCAAGCAGGCCACCGUCGUCCUGGACGUCGCCCACAAUCUACCAGCCUUUGAGAAGCUCCUCGACCUCCUGGAGCUGCGGUACCCGGACCAAAGUCUCCGCUUCGUCUGUGGCUUCUCCGCCGACAAGGACAUGGCGCACGUCACCGACCUCAUCACGGCCAAGACGACAGCGCGCAAGGUGCAUUUCGUGCAAGGCUACCACCCGCGCUGCGCCACCAUGACGGAGAUUCAGGCCGCACUGCACAACUCGGCGACGCAGUCUGGCUUCCACUUCCACGACGGCGAACACAGCGUUGCGAAUGGCGUCUCGGCCGCGAUGCAUGCCGCGGCCGUCGACAAGGACGUGGUCGUCGUCUGCGGCAGCGUCUUCAUCAUGGCCGAGGCCCGCGCCGCGCUCGGGUUUUGCGAGCCCCAUGACAGUGACGAGCUCAAGGCGGUUGCCGGCGCCGGCGUCAAGACCGCGGUCCAGCGCAUGGAAAACCCGUAAGUGUCUUCUUGUGUACACACAUGUACAAUGUAGAUAUUGUCUUCUUCAUGCA